CUGCAGCAUGCGCUCGGACAGGGACACCGGCUGACACAUGAGCGCUCCCUCCAUCACUGCUCUGCUCCACCCUGCGCCUUUGCGGACUCUGGGACGAGACACGGAUUGUAUGAGGUGCUUUUGGUGGCCUCCCUCUGUGAACUUGGCACUUGGUACUCUGAAACCACCUCUGAAGCCCACUGGGAGGUCUGCCGCAGCCUUUGAAAGCCUCAGGUGCAAAGUUGGUCAGCGGCAGGCUGAGAGAGAUGAAGACGUGCGUCGUGUUCCUGGCAGCUCUGCUGCUCCCGACCAUCCACGCAGUAUGCCCAGAUAAGGAGCCAGGACUGCAACCAUGGAUGCCAGGACACAGUGAAGACCACCGUGUGACGAUCAGUAAUAACCGCACGGUCCUUCUCACAACUUCAGCUACUGUCCACUCUAUUGAGAUUCUCAGCGGAGGAAAGCUGGUGAUUGCUGACACCAACCGGCCUAUACUGCUUCGGACAAAACACAUUCUGAUUGGGAACAAGGGGGAGCUGCACAUUGGAAGCCCAGACUGUCCUUAUAAAGGCAACCUCACCAUCUUGCUAUUUGGAAGACUGGAUGACAGCGAUGAGGAGCACAGCUACUUCGGGAGAAAGUACAUUGGCGUGGGGAGUGGGGGGACACUGGAGAUUCACGGAGAAAGGAAGCUGUCCUGGACAUUCCUCAACAAGACCCUCCAUCCCAGAGAGAGCAGUCAAAACAGCUAUCUGUUCCAAAGAAGCUGGGGGAAUCGAGGCAUCAUAGUCCACGUAAUCGACCCCAAGACAGGGGAGGUGCUGCAUGAUGACAGGUUUGACACGUACCGCAGCAAAAACGAGAGUUAUCGCCUUGCAAAAUAUGUCGAUGGCAUCAAGCCUGGGCUCAUACUGGCGAUGAUGGUCAAUGACGAGGGCUCCAACAACUUGGAGGACUCCGCUAAGAAGAGUAUAUCCAGGCUUGGCAGCAAACACAUCGGGAGUCUCGGCUUUCGGCAUCCCUGGACCUUUAUAGUGACAAAAGGUGAUGUGUCUUCUGUUGUGGAGGACACUGCUGUCUAUCAAGGGACUAAGGCGUCUUCAGAGGCCCGGAGCGCUCAAGUUUUUCAGUCAAGUUUUGGGGAGCAUUUCACCGUCACCGCCAGCAGCCAGUGGGUCCAAGAGGCAGAAUGGUCAAACUGGUUUGACAGGGAUAAUGAAAGGGGAUCUGGAGACUGGGAGAAAUUGUCUGAUCUGCAUAAGGCCUAUCCAGACUGCCUAUGUAGCAGCCCGCUGGACAUUCAGGCUGAAACCCAUGACGGCAUUCCAUCCAACCAGACGGGAGAUGUGAUCCACAAGAAACACAAGGACUAUGGCUUUGUCUGUCUCAACAAAGACCAGACUCAUGGCCUGUGUCACAACUACAGGGUCCGCUUCCUCUGUGGAAAACUAGGUAAAGCCAAGUUUAUCCACAUGGGAGAGGAGGUGGAUGGGGUAGACAUGAGGGCCGAGGUCGGCCUGCUGAGUCGUAAUAUCCUGCUUCGUGGUGAGAUGGAGCCCAGCUGCUAUGGCAAUGAGGCCUGCAAGUUCUUCAACUUUGACACUUUCGGAGGACAUUUGAAGGUGGAGCAUGGUUUUAGGGCAGUCCACAUAUCUGGGAUGGAGCUGCAGCACAUGGGCCAGCAGACCAUGGGACACUAUCCUAUCCAUUUUCACAUGAAUGGAGAUGUGGAUGAGAGGGGAAAAUAUGACCCUCCAACGUCUGUCAGCGAUUUAUCCAUUCACCACUCUUUCUCCCGCUGCGUCACUAUCCACGGCUCCAAUGGACUGAUGGUAAAGGAUGUGGUGGGAUAUGACACACUAGGCCACUGUUUCUUCACGGAGGAUGGUCCAGAAGAAAGGAAUACAUUUGAGCACUGUUUGGGUCUGAUGGUUCGAGCAGGGACCCUGCUGCCUUCAGACAGAGAUAGCAAAAUGUGUCGUGACAUCACUGAUGGAGCAUAUCCAGGAUAUGUGCCCAAUCCACGUCAAGAUUGCAGUGCAACUUCCACGUUCUGGAUUGCCAACCCUAAUAACAACCUCAUCAACUGUGCGGCUGCAGGCUCGGAGGAAACAGGCUUCUGGUUCCUUUUCCACCAUUUGGCGACAGGCCCCUCAAAUGGGUCAUACUCCCCUGGAUAUACAGAGCACACACCUAUGGGCCAGUUUACCAACAACAGAGCCCAUUCCAACUUCAGGGCUGGAAUGAUCCUUGAUAAUGGAGUUAAGACGACCCAGGCAGACAACAAGGACAAGAGACCCUUCCUGUCUCUGAUAGGAGCCAGGUAUGGCCCCCAUCAGGAUUCUGACCCGUUCAAACCUAGAGUCCCAGCUCUCAUCCAUCACUUCACUGCCUAUAAGAACCAGUACCAUGGAGCUUGGCUGAGAGGAGGGGAUGUGUGGUUAGAUGACUGCCAAUUUGCUGAUAAUGGCAUUGGCCUCACUUUAGCAAGUGGAGGCACAUUUCCAGAAGAUGACGGCUCUCAUCAGCAGGUGAAGAAUUCACUUUUUGUGGGUGAAAGUGACAAUCGUGGUAUGCCUUUCCCAGACAAGAGGAUUUGGGGCCCUGGGGGUCCUGACCUUACUGACAGGACCCUGCCACGUGGCAUUGAUUUUCCAAUCCGAGGCAUGCAGAUCUACGAUGGGCCGAUCAAUGUACAGAACUGUACAUUUAGGAAAUACACGGCACUAAACGGAAGGCACACCAGCGCCUUUGGCUUCAGGCUCAACAACUCGUGGCAGAGCUGCCCCAACAAUAAUGUCACCAACAUCACCUUUGACCAUGUACCUAUUACAUCUCGGGUAUUUUUUGGGGAGCCGGGUCCCUGGUUCAGUAAAAUGCAGAUGGACGGGGACAAGACGACCAUCUUCCAUGAUAUUGAUGGAUCGGUCAGUGAGUAUCCCGGAGCUUUCCUGGUUAAAGAAGACAACUGGCUGCUUCGUCACCCUGACUGCAUUGAUGUGCCUGACUGGAAGGGUGCUAUCUGCAGUGGGCACUAUGCACAGAUCUAUGUUCAAACACGAAACCCUGCCAGCCUUAACAUGCAGAUAGUGAGGGAUGAAUACCCUGAUCGACCCCUAACACUUGAAGGCGCCCUGGACAAGCGGAAAGCUUACCAGCAGUUCCAGCCAGUGGUCACCCUGGCCAAAGGCUACACCAUCCACUGGGACCAGGCGGCACCUGCUGAGGUCACCAUCUGGCUCAUCAACUUCAACAAGAAUGACUGGAUCAAUGUGGGCCUCUGCUAUCCACAAGGCACCACCUUCACAAUCCUGUCAGACAUCCACAAUCGGCUGACCAAACCAACCCGCAAGACUGGCGUCUUCGUGAGGACGACUCACAAGGAGAAGAUCAACCACUCGCACUUGGCCAGAGGAUAUUUCUACUGGGAAGAAGACACUGGCCUCCUCUUCCUGAAGGUGAAAGCCCACAAUCACAGAGAGACGUUUGCCUUCUGCUCUGUGAAGGGUUGUGAGAGGGUGAAGAUCACAGCUAUCGUACCAAAAGGCAGUCCACCCAGCAACUGCUUGGCUAAGGCGUACCCCAAACAUGCUGAGCUGCCCAUUGUCGAUGUUCCAAUGCCCAGAAAAAUUCCCACUGCCGGGCUGCACUCCUCAGAGCACUUCCUGGAGAUCAAACUGGAGUCCUACAACACCCGCCACUUCCACAUCAAGAAGGACGUUGCCUUUACUGAGGUAAAUGGCAAGACGUUGCACCAACCUGAAGAUGGAGUGCACCUGACAGUAAUUGAUGGCCAUGAUGGGAAGGUGGUGGACACGAAAGGCUUCAGGAAUUCCAUCCUCCAGGGAAUUCCUGCAGAGAUAGACAACUACAUCAGUGGACUGAGAGACAAGUAA